GCCGGCCCCAGCUGCGGCUCCUGAGCCGCCGGCCCCAGCGCCGCCGGCCCCGGCCCCGGCCCCAGCGCUGCUGGCCCCUGCGCCGCCAGCCCCAGCGCCAGCGCCGGCGCCGGCGCAGGCCCUCACGGGAAGCGACUCGCGGGCGGAGGUGCGUCCGAGGCCGCAGGCAGCCGAAGGGCAGCCGGGGCAAGCCGGCCGGAACCUCUCGGUUGCCGUUUGCUUCAACGGGCUGCAGCGGCAUCUGUUGUCGUGGCCCGUGAGGUAUCAUUAUGUCAAGCACGUGGAAGAGCCUCUGCAGCGUUACGGCUUCAAGGUGGACCGGUAUCUGAGCGUAGUGAAGCCUUUUGCGCCCCUGAGCGUCAUAUCUGCCACGUACAACGCGACAGCUUUGAGGGAGGUCCCCGAGGAAAAGUUCUAUACAAGCUGCAACAGCAAGAAACAUAUUGUUGAUCGCAAGGAGCUUCUUCAGUACGUGAGCGUGCGCGACUGUUACGAGCAGAUCGAGGCCGUCGAGUCAGCCGCCAAUGCGAGGUACACUUGGAUAUACCGGAUGCGUACAGACAUGGUGCACUUAGCUGACAUUCCUUUGCAUCCUGGUCUAUCGCAACAAUUCGCUUACGUGUCUCACGGAGGCAUGUCAUCAGGUCAUGGGUGGCAGUGCAUGAAUGAUCACAUUUUCCUUUGUCCACGCCGCCUGUGCAGGCCGUAUUUUUUUGUAAUAGAGCUUUGGGACAAUCAGUUCUCUUGUGGGUCAAGUCGGCCGAAGCAAGACCUUUUGCCCGAAGGGUGGGAUGGUCCUCCGUCGGAGCCGUUUGUUUUACCGAAGAAGCCUAAUUCGAUGCAGCAGUGGUAUUUUUUUCGCAGAUAUACGCGUUCGACGCAGGGCCGGCCUUGCAACAGCACCCAGACAGACGCGGAGUGCUGCGGGCUCCUCCGCGAGUUGGAGUGGUGGUAUGUCCUGGCACGCAACAAGAGCGGGAAGGUCUUGUCCGUGGACUGCCACUACGGGAUCCGGGAACGGCACGGGACCGGAUGCCCCGAGAGGUGCCGGGAGGCGUUGAAGCAGUGCACGGACGUGUCGCGGGAGUUCGAGAGGCUCUGCACCGCGGAGCCCGGGCAUGCGGACUGCGCGUGGGUCUGGCAGGGCUGGAGCCCUCCUGGCACGACGACGGCGAGCCUCCCCGCGGCCCCGGGUUCCAUGAAGCCUUCCAAAACCUUGCCCAGCCCCUAGGGGCCCGAGGCAGCCCGAGAGGGCACCCGCAGGGAUCCAAGAUGGGCCAGGAAGAGCCCGACAUGGGCUAGGCGCCCCUCCCCCCCGCCCGGUUUCACUCUCGAAGCUUUUUGGCCCAGUGGCCGUCGCGGUGCUUCGGACAUGGGCCGAAGGGCUGAAUAGAGCAAACAGCAGUCUUGGAGUCCAGGCAGGGUCCCAGCUCCCACCUGCGAGGCACGAGAAGUCUUUCUGGAAAUGGGGGGAGGAGGGG